AUGUAUCUGCCUUCAUCUCGUAUCCAGCUAUCUGAUUCCAGAUCUGCUGGUACUGUGGGGAGGACGAUCGACGAAUCAAGCGAUGCAACCUGGAAACUCACCUUCCCCUCCCCACCCCGCCUCCUCAUCAUCGGCGCCGGCUCCCGCGGCCACGCCUACGCCGCCGCCCUCACCCACAGCACCAACACCAUCAUCGCCUGCGUCGCCGACCCGCUGCCGCACGCGCGCGCCACCCUCGGCGCCCGCUACAUCUGGGGCGCCGGCGCCAACCACCCUACCCCCGACGGCAACCCGCUGCCGGCGCACGAGUUCGCCGACUGGCGGGACUGGGUCGCGUACGAGCGGGCGCGGCGCGCGCGGGAGUGCGCCGGGGAGAGCGUGGAGCCGGGCGUAGAUGCGGUGCUGGUGUGCGUGCUAGACGAGCUGCACACAGAGGUGGUGGAGGGGGUGAGCGGGGUCGGGGUGCAUGUGCUGUGCGAGAAGCCGCUGGGGACGGGGUUGGCGGGGUGUGUGGGGAUUGUGAAUGCGUUGAAGGAGGGGUGGGGGAAGGCGGGGGGAGAUGGGAAGAAGGUGUUUGGGAUCUGUCAUGUGUUGAGGUAUUCGCCGCAUAAUAUGCUGCUGAGGCGGUUGAUGUUAGAGGAGGAGGUUGUGGGGGAGGUGUUGAGUAUGGAGCAUGUGGAACCGGUGGGGUGGUGGCAUUUUUCGCAUAGUUAUGUGAGGGGCAAUUGGCGCAAGGAGUCUACGACAGCACCGUCGCUGCUCACAAAGUCCUGCCAUGAUCUCGACUUCAUCAUGUGGAUGCUCUGCUCACCACCGCCUAGCAGCAUGCGAGCGCCACAUCUACCGUCAUUCAUCACGUCAACGGGAUCGCGGAAGUUCUUCAACAAGUCACGGAAGCCUGAGGCGGCGGGCGAUGCUACGAACUGUCUGAAGUGCCCGAUUGAGGGGGACUGUGAGUACAGUGCUAAGAACAUCUAUCUCGAGAAGCAACUACGCCAUGGUAACACCGAUUGGCCGGUCAAGAUUGUCAAUCCCCAGAUCGAAGACAUCUACAAGGCGUCUGGACUGAAGCCGGCCACCGACAAGCUCUUGGAAAAUCUAAGCGAGGACUACACAGCGGACACGCCGGUCGCGGAGGUUGAGAAACGACCUUGGUUCGGCCGCUGCGUUUGGGAGUCUGACAACGAUGUCUGCGACGACCAGUGCGUGACCAUUACCUGGGACGACGACCCUGCGCCAGACGAGAACGGAAAGAGUAGCUUGAAGGGGCGAGGAGCGAAGACAGCACAGUUCCACAUGGUUGCGUUCACAGAAAAGAUCUGUGAGCGCCGUGGCAGAAUUUACGGCACCAAAGGCGAGAUCGAGUACGACAGCUCAGUCAUCAAAGUGCACAACUUCAAGACGGGCAAGACAAAGGUCUACAGCCCAAAGCAAACUGGCGGUGGACAUGGCGGCGGAGACGAGGGACUGGCAAGACAGUUCGUCCUGGCAGUGGACGCGGUCAACAACCAGGGCAUGCCAGCAGCGGAGGCGCAGAGGACGUAUCUAGGGUGCGACCUCGAUGAGGCAUUCCUCAGUCACGCGGUCGUCUUUGCGGCAGAAGACGCCCGCAAGCAGCGCAAAGUGGUCGACUGGAAGCAGUGGUGGGCGGACCAGGUGGAGCCUCAUUUGCACCAGCGGUAAAAGAAAUGGGCACAACGUCGACGUCAGUCAGCUCCUCUUCGUCGGCGGGUGCGUAUGCCAGGGGGAGGAGUCGUGAGAGUGAAAUGGCAUUGUAACUCAGCUGGAGCGAGGAUGAGGCCUGAGAGGGAGGUGAAGCACGGGCGGCGACGACAGCCGUUUCCAGGCAUAUUAGGGGCUCUCGCGGAGAAUUCGGGAAUUAGGGGACUUUACAAGGCCCGAUUAGUGGCAUUAAGGGACGGGCGCGUGGCUAGUCAGAGGUAUAUUUGGAACCAUUUUUGUUUGGUACGGGUGCGGGCGCUAAAUGGCCCACGUCGGG